AUGCCGGAACCGAUGGUGACGGAGCCUGUUGGGGAGACGUUUGCUUUCCAGGCGGAGAUCGCGCAGCUUAUGAGCUUGAUUAUCAACACAUUCUACUCGAACAAAGAGAUAUUCCUGCGUGAAUUGAUUUCAAAUGCGAGUGAUGCGCUGGACAAGGUGCGUUAUAAGAGUCUGACAGACCCUUCUAUCUUGGAUACUGGGAAAGAUCUACACAUCAAACUUACCCCGAACAAGUCGAACAACACCCUGAUGGUUGAGGAUACAGGAAUCGGAAUGACAAAAGCGGAUCUUAUCAACAACCUGGGUACGAUCGCUCGCUCUGGUACUAAGGCGUUCAUGGAGGCACUGCAAGCUGGUGCGGACAUUUCAAUGAUCGGACAGUUUGGCGUUGGUUUCUACUCGGCGUAUCUCGUUGCUGAUCGUGUCGAGGUGAUUUCGAAGAGCAAUGACGAUGAGCAGUACGUGUGGGAGUCAUCUGCCGGGGGAUCGUUCACAAUACGUGAAGAUGUCGGCGAGAGCAUUGGUCGCGGCACGAGAAUAGUCCUUCAUUUUAAGGAAGACCAGACAGAAUACCUCGAAGAGAGACGAUUGAAGGAGAUCGUGAAGAAACAUUCGCAGUUCAUCGGUUACCCCAUCAAGUUGGUGCUUGAGAAAGAGCGCACCAAAGAAGUCUCUGACGACGAAGCUGAGAAAGAAGAGGUCGCGGAAGCUGAUAAAGAGGAUGAUAAGCCUAAGGUGGAAGACUUGGACGAAGAUGAGGAUAAUGAGGUAGAUAGCAAGGAUAAGAAAAAGAAGAAAAAGAUAAAGGAGAAAUACAUCGAUGAAGAGGAGCUGAAUAAGACGAAGCCAUUAUGGACGCGCAAUCCAGAUGACAUCACACAGGAAGAGUAUGGUGAAUUCUACAAACAACUGAGCAACGACUGGGAAGACCAUCUUGCUGUAAAGCACUUCUCCGUGGAGGGUCAGCUAGAGUUCCGUGCACUUCUGUUUGUACCAAAGAGGGCUCCGUUCGAUCUUUUCGAAAACAAGCGAAAGCGUAAUAACAUUAAGCUGUACGUCCGCCGUGUAUUUAUCAUGGAUAAUUGUGAGGACCUUAUCCCGGAAUACCUAAACUUCGUUAAGGGCGUUGUCGACAGUGAGGAUUUACCCUUGAACAUCAGCCGUGAGAUGUUGCAGCAGAAUAAGAUACUCAAGGUGAUUCGCAAGAAUCUUGUGAAAAAGUGCUUGGAGCUUUUCGAGGAGAUAAUGGAGGACAAGGAUAACUACAAGAAGUUUUACGAGCAAUUCUCCAAAAAUAUUAAACUCGGCAUUCACGAGGAUGGUGUCAAUCGUAAGAAGUUGGCCGAAUUCCUCAGGUAUCCUUCUACGUACAGCGCAGAUGAGCCAACGAGCCUCAAGGACUACGUAUCCCGAAUGAAGGAGAACCAGAAAGACAUCUACUACAUCACUGGUGAAACGAAGGAGGCGGUGGCCAAUUCUGCAUUUAUUGAGGCUCUGUGCAAGCGUGGAUUUGAAGUAUUGUAUAUGCUGGAUCCCAUUGACGAGUACGCCGUACUUCAGCUGAAAGAGUACGAUGGGAAGAAGUUGGUGUGCGUUACCAAGGAAGGUCUACAACUUCCUGAGGACGAAGAUGAAAAGAAGAAAUUCGAGGAGCUUAAGGCUGCUUAUGAACCUUUGUGCAAGCAGGUCCAGGACAUCCUCGGUAAGCGAGUUGAGAAAGUGGUUGUCUCUGCUAGACUCACUACUUCACCAUGUUGCAUCGUCACAUCCGAGUUCGGAUGGUCUGCGAACAUGGAGCGCAUCAUGAAAGCCCAGGCUCUGCGCGAUUCAAGCACCAUGGGGUACAUGGCGGCCAAAAAGCAUUUAGAACUGAACCCGCGGCAUAAAAUCAUUGCAGCUCUGAAGAAUCUUUUCGAAGGCGAAGGAUCUAACAAGCUUGCCAAAGACCUUGUUGUUCUGCUAUUCAGCACAGCUCUCCUCUCAUCAGGUUUUACGCUCGAGGAUCCCAAGGUCCAUGCGGCCCGUAUUCACCAGCUGAUCAGCAUGUGCUUGGAUAUCCCUGCAGACGAGGAGAGCAAAACAGAGUCAGCAGAACCCGCGAUUCCACCUCCGACCGAGGCGGGUGAUGAUGCAGGGAUGGAAGAAGUAGAUUAA